AUGUCUUCUAUCGCUUUAAAAGACGCAAAAUUGCAAUUGAGGAAGUCGAUAAAAUCACAACUACAGCACAUCUCACAGGAAUCUCUACGUACUCAAUCAGUCGAGGUAUUGAAGAGGUUACGGGAGCAUCAACCGUUUGUGGAUGCUAAGAGGAUAGCUCUUUAUAUGAAUAUGCCCCAUCUGGAAAUACAGACCAACUCGAUAAUCCAGACAUGUUUUGAGAUGGGAAAAAGAGUAUAUUUACCGAGAUGCAACACUAUAGCCAAGGAAGGAAGGAAGAAGAAUCACCUAUCGAUGUUGGAAAUGAAAAGUUAUGACGACGUUUUGAGGUUGAAACCGCAAGGAAAGUACCAGCUUCUCGAGCCUACAGAGGGGCCAGACAUCAUGGAAGAAGAAGGUGGCAAGCUAGAUGUUAUAAUAGUGCCUGGUGUUGCCUUCACCAGCGAAAAGCAGCGGAUCGGCCACGGUGCUGGUUUCUACGAUGAGUUUCUUGCCACAUACUACACAAACAAGCACACGUCACCCCAUCUUAUUGGAAUAGGGCUUCGUGAGCAAUUGGUGGGUAUAAUUCCCAAAGAGAAGCACGAUUGGGAUCUUAAUACAUUGAUCAUUGCGGACACCGUCUACUAG